AGUUUAUGUAAUCUCUGCCACUAGAAAGUAAGUUCCAUGAAAUCGAGGACUAUUUUUUCGGCAGAGCCAUCUUCGGCCCGGCCAGAUCACCUGAGGCUCACCUCCGCCCACCUCUGGCCUCAGAUUCUCACUAGGCAGAGCGCCGCCUGGAUCGCCCACGUGGUUCGCAGCUAAGCCCCGCCCCUGUGGGCGUGGCCCCCGACGUUGUCCCGGCGGCGCGCAGGCCGUCGUCCGCGGGAGAGGAGCUACGUCACACGCACGCAGGGCCUGUCCGGCUCCUGGUUUCUGCGCAGGCAGUAAAGGGGCGUGGCGAGGCGCAAGGCCCCCGCAGCUGCCGACGCCGCCGCCUGAGCCUUCUCCAGGUGGCUGCUGUCGACUCUCCGCCGCUCAGGCAGCUCAGAAGCCACUCUGUUUUGGGGUCCUCGCCACCCUUCCACGUCUCCCGGAAGAUACAGCAGGGCCACGGCCGGUCGGAGAGGUGGUUCGCCCUACCUGGGCCCUCUCUGGGCCGGGUCCUUAGGGUGUGCGGCCCGGAAGGGUGACGAGGUCGAGCUGCAGCCUCUCCGGAGUCCUCAGGUUUCCCCCUGUUUGUUCGGCUGCCGUCAUGUCUUGGUUUGUUGAUCUUGCUGGAAAGGCAGAAGAUCUUUUAAACCGAGUUGAUCAAGGGGCUGCAACAGCUCUCAGUAGGAAAGAGAACCCCAGCAACAACAUAUAUAGCAAAAAAAUUGACUAUCCUGAACUUCACCAACAAAAUACAGAUUUGACUUAUCAGACUGGACCUAAAGCUACAUAUAUUUCCUCUGCAGCUGAUAACAUUAGAAAUCAGACAGCUACCAUCUUAGCUGGCACUGCAAAUGUGAAAAUAGGAUCGAGGACACCCGUGGAACCCUCCCAUCCUGUUGAAAAUGCAUCUAGUCCUAGGCCUUCAUCCCAGUUUGUUCGAAGAAAAAAGUCAGAACCUGAUGAUGAGCUGCUGUUCGAUUUUCUUAAUAGUUCACAGAAGGAGCCUACCGGACGGGUGGAAAUCAAAAAAGAAAAGGGCAAAAUGCCCGUCUUUCAGAGUUCUCGGACAUCAAGUGUCAGUUCUGUGAACCGCGGUGUAGCUGCUGUCAAAUCCACUGAAGAAAAUUCCGGGAGCCAAAGCCAUGAAGCUGCUGAUAAUUCAGAUUCUGGCCUGGAAGGCCAAGGCGAUUCCUCAAAGGAAAAUGCGCCAUCAAACACCCCCUGUUCCGAUCACAACCCGACACCUAGUGAUGAUGGCAAAUCACAUGAACUGUCUAAUCUUCGACUGGAGAAUCAACUGCUGAGGAAUGAAGUUCAGUCUUUAAAUCAGGAAAUGGCCUCAUUACUUCAAAGAUCCAAAGAAACUCAAGAAGAAUUAAACAAAGCAAGAGCAAGAGUUGAGAAGUGGAAUGUUGACCAUUCAAAGAGUGAUCGAAUAACUCGAGAACUCCGAGCUCAGGUCGAUGACCUGACUGAAGCAGUGGCUGCGAAGGAUUCCCAGCUGGCUGUACUGAAAGUGAGACUGCAGGAAGCUGACCAGCUACUCAGUGCUCGCACGGAAGCAUUAGAAGCCUUACAGAGUGAAAAAUCACGAAUAAUGCAGGAUCACAGUGAAGGCAGUAGCCUACAGAACCAAGCUCUGCAGACCCUUCAGGAGAGACUACAUGAAGCGGAUGCCACACUGAGGAGAGAGCAGGAGAGCUAUAAACAGAUGCAGAGCGAGUUCGCUGCACGCCUUAAUAAAGUGGAAGUGGAACGUCAGAAUUUGGCAGAAGCAGUUACUCUAGCAGAAAGAAAAUACUCAGAUGAGAAGAAGAGAGUUGAUGAACUUCAGCAGCAAGUCAAGCUAUGCAAGUCAAACUUGGAGUCUUCUAAGCAGGAAUUAAUUGACUACAAGCAAAAAGCUACUAGAAUACUCCAAUCUAAAGAAAAAUUGAUUAACAGCCUGAAAGAAGGCUCUGGCUUCGAAGGGCUAGAUAGCAAUACUGCCAAUAGCGUGGAGCUAGAAGAACUUCGGCAUGAGAAGGAGAUGCAACGGGAGGAAAUACAGAAGCUGAUGGGCCAGAUACAUCAGCUCAGAUCCGAAUUACAGGAUAUGGAGGCUCAGCAGGUUAGUGAAGCAGAAGCAGCAAGAGAACAGCUGCAAGAUCUACAGGACCAGAUAGCUGGGCAGAAAGCUUCCAAGCAAGAACUAGAGACAGAAUUGGACCGACUGAAGCAGGAAUUCCACUAUGUAGAAGAAGAUCUGUAUCGGACAAAGAACACGUUGCAAAGCAGAAUUAAAGAUCGAGAAGAAGAAAUUCAAAAGCUCAGGAAUCAGCUUACCAAUAAGACUUUAAGCAACAGCAGUCAGUCCGAGUUGGAAAAUCGGCUCCAUCAGCUGACAGAGACGCUCAUCCAGAAGCAGACCAUGCUGGAGAGCCUCAGCACGGAAAAGAACUCUCUGGUCUUUCAGCUGGAGCGCCUCGAGCAGCAGAUGAGCUCUGCCUCUGGAAGUAGCAGCAAUGGAUCGUCUAUCAGCAUGCCUGCCAUCGACAGUGGUGAAGGCACACGUCUGCGAAAUGUUCCUGUUCUUUUUAAUGACACGGAAACGAAUCUGGCAGGAAUGUAUGGAAAAGUUCGCAAAGCUGCUAGUUCAAUUGACCAGUUUAGUAUCCGUUUGGGAAUUUUCCUCCGAAGAUACCCCAUAGCACGAGUUUUUGUAAUUAUAUAUAUGGCUUUGCUUCACCUCUGGGUCAUGAUUGUGCUGUUGACUUACACACCAGAAAUGCACCGUGACCAACCGUACAGCAGAUGAACUGAGCCCGGUGGCUUCGGCGAUUGGCUGUCUUCUUCUGAACAUGGGAUCUGCCUAAAAUUCCUGAGGAGGGUGCACAGGAUGGCUUUAGCACUACAACCGUUAACUUUUUAAGUUAUUAUAUAGGUUCUCUGCCACCUAAAUCUCCCUCUUCUGUCCUCCAGAUGAUGCGUUUCUAAAACAGUUUAACAAGCUCAGCUCUGCUUUUUCUGAGUUCACCAGUCCUCGUGUGUACGUAUAGACAGAGGGAGAGGAGAGAGAGGCUGGGUUCACUCUGUACAGACCUCCCUGUUCGUUAGGUGACACUGAUUGUGGGCUAUAAUCAGGGAAACUAAUUGUAUUUAGUGAGAAAAAUAAAAAGUCUUCUUUUUUGAUAA